AUGUGGUUGAAAGAAGAGGGCUUUGUAGAGAGGGUUCGGCAAUGGUGGAAUGGGUUUUACUUUUCGAGUUCUCCUAGCUUUAUUAUGGCUCGUAAAUUAAAAGCUCUUAAAGAGGACUUGAAAAAGUGGAAUAAGGAGGAGUUUGGGGAUCUGGCCUUUAGGAAGAAAUGUCUUUUAUCUGAAUUUCUAGGUUUGGAUGCUAGGGAGGAUUUAUCUGGUCUUUCUCAGGAGGAUCUAACUCAUCGUAUUCAGAUUAAAGGUGAAAUUGCUAAUUUUGCCUCUUUGGAGAAGAUUUCUUGGAGACAAAGAAGAACCAAUCAUAUUCGUGGUAUAGAGGUAGAUGGUGCCUUCUAUAAGGAUGAGAAAGAGGUGCGGUGUGAGGUGGUCAAUUUCUAUCAGAAGUUGUACACUGAGUCAGAUACUUGGCGCCCUUUUAUGGAUGGAUUAGAGUUUGCUAGAAUUGAGGAGAAUGAGCAACUUGAAUUAGAGAGAGAUUUUUCUAAGGAGGAAGUGGUAAAGGUUUUACAUGAGAUAGAGGGUGAUAAAGCCCCAGGUCCAGAUAGUUUCACUAUGGCUUUUUUUAAAAAAUGCUGGAGUGUAGUGGAAAUAGAUGUCAUGGAAUUCUUUGAUCACUUCCAUAGGAGCUCAGAGUUUGAACGACAGAUUUUGAAUUCAGUGCUUAUUGCUAAUGAAUGUUUAGACAGUAGACAAAAGUGCGGUACUCCAGGGGUGGUGUGUAAGUUAGACAUUGAGAAAGCUUAUGAUCAUGUGAAUUGGGAUGCUUUGUUUUAUUUGUUGGAGAGGAUAGGCUUUGGGGAUAGAUGGAGGAGAUGGCUUAUGUCUUGUGUCUCUACUGUUUACUACUCAAUUUUGGUUAAUGGAUCUCCUGCUGGUUUCUUUGGUCUCAGACAAGGUGAUCCUUUGUCUCCCCUUCUCUUUCUUUUGACAAUGGAGGUUUUAAGUCAUAUCCUGAAGAAAACUGAGGAUGGCAUUUUCAUUCAGGGUUUUCAUGUAAAUGUCGGGAAAAGUGAAAUUGUCCCUAUUAGGGAGGUGCUUAACAUUCAGUCUUUGGCUAAUAUCCUUCAGUGA